GUCUAAAAACAAGGUCCACUUUAAGCCUGCCCAGUGUGUGUGGGAUAGGAAUGCUGGGCCCAUGGCUGAGCACAGCCAGCUUCCAGUUUGUUCCCACCCAGCCACUCAUACAGUACCCAUCCUGCUCAGUUUUCUUCUCCACAUGACAGCUCUGUGGUGAGACUGUAACCGCUGUCUCCUCCUGUGAACCCAGUCUUCAGCUCAAUGAUAGGACGUGAGCAGGACGGCAUGGCUGACUUGCUGAUACAGAGCAUGUCCACUGUAUUUAAAGACCAGCGUCCAAAAGAAACUCACAUAUUAUAUGCUUUCUUCAGUCUGUGAGUUUCAGAGAGCAGUGGGAGAAGAAGCCAGAGUGUUUAAUCACUGGCAAUUUCAAAACAAAGCCAAGCCAUAAGGAACGGGCUGCACAAUGACAGAUCCCUGAAACAUCAUGGACAUUAAAUUUGGAUUACGCAGCAUGACUCAGUUUGUCCUGAACACAAUCACAUUGAGUCAAGCUGAUCUUGGCCUCUCAAGAUGGUGCUGAGCUGAAGUAAGAUGGCCUCAGGCAGGAUGGCAAGUCCUCAGAGCAGCUCCAGACAGAGCAGCUCACUCUCUUCAUCUCCAAUGAGUACCCGUGCGCAGUCUCUUCAGGUUGACUCGGUCCAGCGGUGGAUGGAAGACCUACGUCACAUGACGGAAGUAGAGUGCAUGUGUGUCCUUCAGGCCAAACCCAUCGGGGUAGAGGAGGACUCUCAGCAGGGAGAGCUGAUUGUGGGCUCUGGGGUUGGUGCAGGGGACCACGUGGCUAGAAACAACUUGCAGACGCUCCUUCGCCGAGCUUUGGUGGUCAGCACAGAGCUAGGAAAGAUGUUUCAGCGGCUGGAGAAGGGACGCUGGCAGAGGGUCCACAGCACAGCUGUACGGGCAAACUGCCAUGUUCGCUCACUGGUACAUGAGUACAGUGCAGCUCGAAACACACCGCCGGAGAUGCAGAAGUAUGAGAAGUCUUUGCUGGAAAAGUGUAUGGAGCUGACUAAUAUUACAGAGAGGUGCCUUCACACUGACGAUGAAUUCUUCCUGAAAUCCAUGAGGGAGGCCAUCCAUGAGAUCCUUACAGAUGUCAGUGACUCGUUCAGCAACAUGAUUGACAUGGCUUUAGCCAAUGAGAUCCGGGUUCUGAUCAAGCAGAUUGAAUCAUCGGACAGCCUUCAUACCAUUGGUAGUGCCAUUAGCAACCUGCUGUCCCUAACCCAGGAUGGACCUCAGCUCUGCAGCAUCAUUGCCAAGGAAGGAGCUGUGGUAGCCCUGUUUAAGAUCUGCAGACAGGACCGCUUCAGAGAUCUCUACGCACACGCUUUAAGAACAGUGGCCUCCAUCUGCUGUGUGGAGGAAGGCAUUAACCAACUGGAAAAGGUGGACGGGAUCCUGUGCCUGGCAGACAUCUUGACUGAUGACAGCAGCGUGGAGGCAGCCAGAGCUGAAGCGGCAGCUGUUGUAGCUCAGAUCACUUCGCCUCACCACACAUCCACUCAGCACCUCGCCAGCUUCCUGGAGAGCAUGCACGACAUUGUCACGGCGCUCAUCAAGUUGUGUGAGACCGCAUCCUGUGGUGAAGUGUUCCUCCUGGCGUCGGCUGCCUUGGCCAAUAUCACCUUCUUCGACAGCAUGGCCUGUGAGAUCCUCCUGCAGCUUAAUGCCAUCCACAUCUUACUUCAGGCCUGCAAAGACCGCCAGAGAGUUGACACACCCUACUCCAAAGACCAGGUGGUGACAAUCUUGGCAAACCUGUCUGUCUUAGAGCAAUGUGCAUCUGAAGUCCUGCAAGAACAAGGUAUAGAAAGACUGCUACUGUUGCUGGGAGAAAAACCAUCCUCUUCCAGUCCAUCAGAGGGCGCUGCCUGUGAGCGUGUCCAGCAGAAAGCUGCCGUCACACUGGCCCGACUGAGCAGAGACCCUGAUGUGGCCCAAACAGCUAUCCAGCUCAAAGCUGUUCCUCGCCUUAUUGAGCUGUGUCGCUCCCCUACUGAGAGAAAUAACAGUGACUCUGUGCUGGUGGCUUGCCUGGCUGCUUUGAGGAGGCUGGCAGCAGGCUGUCCAGACAGCAUCGAGGCAGCCGACCACCAGCAGCUGAUCAAACCACGUCUAGUUGACUCUUUCCUGCUGUGUUCCAACAUGGAGGAGAGCUUUGUAUGAUCCCCUGCACACCAAAUCACCAAGAGUGAAGAACUCUCAUUGUCAGUACAAAACCGCGCGUGUUCUGAAGGAGUGUAUCUGUUUCAUGACUACAGCUUUGUUUGAGUCUAAAUUUCUUGUUCAGUUAAGAGGAAAUAGCUGAAUAGAUGCAGAGGACAUAUAAAUGUGUAUAAAUGUGUUGCAUAGUGCAACUCAGUUUUCAGAUUAAAUGCAACAAACAUGUAUGUUGUUUUAGGAAAACGUGGGUCAUUAUUUCAUGUUAUUCCACAGAGAAUUUCAUUAUUUCAUUAAUCAUAACAGUAAGUAUUUGUAUAAGUAGAUGAAACGUUUUGAAAAAAAAAUGCAAUGAAAUGCUUUAAAUUUGACCACUGUGCAAUUUUUUUUACAUUGUUUCUGAAGCGUUUUGACUCUAUAAAAGGUUUCAGAGAAAACUGUCAAUCUGAAAUGUCUAUCAUUUAAGAACUGAGAUUUAGUUUUGGUUUAUUUUAUCCUCAUCUUCUUCAAAUAAUAAACUUUUUCAGUGAGCAACCAUUUUUUAAAAUAACUAAGUAAGUAAAUUAUUACCACUGUCGUGUAUGUUUUUGUUUGCUUUUGUUACAGUCAUGUGAAAAAGAAAGUUUUUCUAAGUAAACUAAGCAGCCCUGUAAUUUAAUAGCUUAGUUUAAUAGGAAGCAACUCUAGCAGCAAUAACUUAAAGGAUGACUGAAACAUGAGCUUAUCGGUCUGUCAAAUCAUUGUGGAGGAGUUUUGGUCUAUAGGCAUUUGUUUAUACACAGCUUGCUUAAGGUCCCUCCCACAGUAUUUAAUUUGGGUCGAGGUCUGGACUUUGGGUCACUGCAAGGCCUUGAGCCAUUCCUUUUUGAGCCAUCCUGUUGCUGAUUUGUUGCAGCGCUUGGCAUCAUUGUCCUGUUACAUGAGCCAAUCUUGACCAAGCUGGAGCUGUCAGACAGAGGAGUUUUCAUCAACUCAGUGAACACAAGGUCAUUGUUAAUUAAGGAUUAUGGUGAUAAUUACACAUGUAACUAACAGAGAAAAAAAAAGUCCAUUAAUUAAUUAAGAAACGGGUUAACCGCUAACAGUCAUGGUUAAUUUAUCUUUCAAAGCUCCCAGACAGGCAAUGAAAAGGAACCCAAUUCUCCUAUCUUCAUUGUGUCUUAGUUAAAAGAUGCCAAAAAGAUGCUUUAGCCAGUGCCUUAGUGAAGGUCAUUUUGGUAUUUUUGAAUGCUGUCGCUUAUUGAAUGCUGUAAAAUCUUCUGUUUUGUUACAAAGAAAUAAAUUGUCUUUGGUCAGUGCCUGUUAUGUGCUAUGACAGUACAUGGUAGCACAAGAGUGUAUACCACACAGAAAGAGAGAAAUGUUUUAACCCAGUAGUUCGGAACAGCAGAAUAAGUUGUGAAGCACCACAGUCUGUCUUUUCAUCACAUUUUACUGAGGUCAAGAGCAAGAUGUUGUGAAUUUUAGGGCUGUUAAGAGUGCUCUGUAUUUAUAAUAUCUAUCAUUAUAGAAAAUGAAAUCACUAAACAAUAAAUACAAACAAAUGUCUG